AUGAAUGUCAGCCCAUACACCCCAUGCGACGUGGGCAGGGGGGGAGGAAUAUUGGAGAACGAACAAGUGAAUCAGACGCGUGGAAGAAUGGAGCACGUGGCACGAUGGGACAUGCGAUGGGGCAUGUGGCACGAUGGGACAUGCGAUGGGGCAUGUGGCACGAUGGGACAUGCGAUGGGGCAUGUGGCACGAUGGGACAUGCGAUGGGGCAUGUGGCACGAUGGGACAUGCGAUGGGGCAUGUGGCACGAUGGGACAUGCGAUGGGGCAUGUGGCACGAUGGGACAUGCGAUGGGGCAUGUGGCACGAUGGGACAUGCGAUGGGGCAUGUGGCACGAUGGGACAUGCGAUGGGGCAUGUGGCACGAUGGGACAUGCGAUGGGGCAUGUGGCACGAUGGGACAUGCGAUGGGGCAUGUGGCACGAUGGGACAUGCGAUGGGGCAUGUGGCACGAUGGGACAUGCGAUGGGGCAUGUGGCACGAUGGGACAUGCGAUGGGGCAUGUGGCACGAUGGGACAUGCGAUGGGGCAUGUGGCACGAUGGGACAUGCGAUGGGGCAUGUGGCACGAUGGGACAUGCGAUGGGGCAUGUGGCACGAUGGGACAUGCGAUGGGGCAUGUGGCACGAUGGGACAUGCGAUGGGGCAUGUGGCACGAUGGGACAUGCGAUGGGGCAUGUGGCACGAUGGGACAUGCGAUGGGGCAUGUGGCACGAUGGGACAUGCGAUGGGGCAUGUGGCACGAUGGGACAUGCGAUGGGGCAUGUGGCACGAUGGGACAUGCGAUGGGGCAUGUGGCACGAUGGGACAUGCGAUGGGGCAUGUGGCACGAUGGGACAUGCGAUGGGGCAUGUGGCACGAUGGGACAUGCGAUGGGGCAUGUGGCACGAUGGGACAUGCGAUGGGGCAUGUGGCACGAUGGGACAUGCGAUGGGGCAUGUGGCACGAUGGGACAUGCGAUGGGGCAUGUGGCACGAUGGGACAUGCGAUGGGGCAUGUGGCACGAUGGGACAUGCGAUGGGGCAUGUGGCACGAUGGGACAUGCGAUGGGGCAUGUGGCACGAUGGGACAUGCGAUGGGGCAUGUGGCACGAUGGGACAUGCGAUGGGGCAUGUGGCACGAUGGGACAUGCGAUGGGGCAUGUGGCACGAUGGGACAUGCGAUGGGGCAUGUGGCACGAUGGGACAUGCGAUGGGGCAUGUGGCACGAUGGGACAUGCGAUGGGGCAUGUGGCACGAUGGGACAUGCGAUGGGGCAUGUGGCACGAUGGGACAUGCGAUGGGGCAUGUGGCACGAUGGGACAUGCGAUGGGGCAUGUGGCACGAUGGGACAUGCGAUGGGGCAUGUGGCACGAUGGGACAUGCGAUGGGGCAUGUGGCACGAUGGGACAUGCGAUGGGGCAUGUGGCACGAUGGGACAUGCGAUGGGGCAUGUGGCACGAUGGGACAUGCGAUGGGGCAUGUGGCACGAUGGGACAUGCGAUGGGGCAUGUGGCACGAUGGGACAUGCGAUGGGGCAUGUGGCACGAUGGGACAUGCGAUGGGGCAUGUGGCACGAUGGGACAUGCGAUGGGGCAUGUGGCACGAUGGGACAUGCGAUGGGGCAUGUGGCACGAUGGGACAUGCGAUGGGGCAUGUGGCACGAUGGGACAUGCGAUGGGGCAUGUGGCACGAUGGGACAUGCGAUGGGGCAUGUGGCACGAUGGGACAUGCGAUGGGGCAUGUGGCACGAUGGGACAUGCGAUGGGGCAUGUGGCACGAUGGGACAUGCGAUGGGGCAUGUGGCACGAUGGGACAUGCGAUGGGGCAUGUGGCACGAUGGGACAUGCGAUGGGGCAUGUGGCACGAUGGGACAUGCGAUGGGGCAUGUGGCACGAUGGGACAUGCGAUGGGGCAUGUGGCACGAUGGGACAUGCGAUGGGGCAUGUGGCACGAUGGGACAUGCGAUGGGGCAUGUGGCACGAUGGGACAUGCGAUGGGGCAUGUGGCACGAUGGGACAUGCGAUGGGGCAUGUGGCACGAUGGGACAUGCGAUGGGGCAUGUGGCACGAUGGGACAUGCGAUGGGGCAUGUGGCACGAUGGGACACGCGAUGGGGCAUGUGGCACGAUGGGACAUGCGAUGGGGCAUGUGGCACGAUGGGACAUGCGAUGGGGCAUGUGGCACGAUGGGACAUGCGAUGGGGCAUGUGGCACGAUGGGACAUGCGAUGGGGCAUGUGGCACGAUGGGACAUGCGAUGGGGCAUGUGGCACGAUGGGACAUGCGAUGGGGCAUGUGGCACGAUGGGACAUGCGAUGGGGCAUGUGGCACGAUGGGACAUGCGAUGGGGCAUGUGGCACGAUGGGACAUGCGAUGGGGCAUGUGGCACGAUGGGACAUGCGAUGGGGCAUGUGGCACGAUGGGACAUGCGAUGGGGCAUGUGGCACGAUGGGACAUGCGAUGGGGCAUGUGGCACGAUGGGACAUGCGAUGGGGCAUGUGGCACGAUGGGACAUGCGAUGGGGCAUGUGGCACGAUGGGACAUGCGAUGGGGCAUGUGGCACGAUGGGACAUGCGAUGGGGCAUGGGGUGGACAAUGAGUAGGGCAUGGGGAAGGGAGGAAGAUUGA